CCCAAAACGCGCGAGAGUCGAGGAGGGUGGAAGAGCUUUAAGAUUGGGAGAGUGGCCUCAUGUAAACACAGCUAAAACCAAAGACAAAACCAUGGUGUCAAUCCACUUCUCCAACUCUCUCAACGCUCUUAAACCUCCUCAUCGUCCUCCUCACCUCUCCGCCCUCAAACCCUCUUCUUUUAACUUUCCAAGCCAAACCAAGCUCACCAAAUACACUACCUUUAGAGCCGAGUUCUCGCACGACGCGCCCUUCGCCGCCGCUAUCGGCGCGUGCGUGCUAUCGUCCCUGGUGCUUCCGCCAGUCACUGCUCCGGCCGAUGAUCCUGACGCUGGCUCCGGUAUUGAUUCCACUGAUGCCAGGUUCGCUGUCAUGGGGGUUGUUAGCUUCAUUCCCUACUUCAAUUGGCUGAGUUGGGUUUUUGCUUGGUUGGAUACUGGGAAGAGACGUUAUGCAGUUUAUGCACUUGCGUAUUUGACCCCCUACAUCAGGUCGAAUUUGAAUUUGUCUCCGGAGGAGAGCUGGCUGCCCAUUGCUAGCAUUGUUUUCUGCAUUAUUCAUAUCCAGCUGGAAGCAAGUAUUAAAAAUGGAGAUCUUCGGGGAUUUCAAUUCUUUAAUGAAGCUGCAAAGCAUAUGCCCUCCAUGACCAAAAAAAGAGAUGGGCAUCAAGGAGCCUCAGAGAAGGGAAGGGAAAGAGAAAAUAAGAACCUGCCCUUUGGCCAAGAGCAAUCAAGAAACGAAAUUGCUGGUUGGGGAGUUCACAAAAGGACCUUACAAGACCGUGACGCACAGGAAGAUAAGGAUGACAAUGGCAGAAGCAAACAGUAGAAUGUACUAAUGUGAGUAGCAGUAGGGAUAUGAAGGUAUCCGAUGCAGCAUAUGUAUUCUGAUUGUUUAGGUUCAUACUGUUUUGAUUUUAGCACACUCCUGAUUCAUUUACAAUUUUAUAUGUACCAAUUUUACAGUAUAAGUCAUUAUCUAAA